UUUGGUUCAAAUUACACGAUAGUUCGUUGCAAAGGGCGAUCGAGAGACCACAUUAAAGAUGGCUCCAAAGACUGGUCACCUUUUCCAUGAUUGAGGGCUGCUCUCAAGAUGAUCCCCAUCAGAGAACUAUCACCCUCACGGAAGGUUCAGUCUUCGAGGUUGGUCGUGCCUCUCGUUCCGAGACGCGCCCGGCCAAAGCCACCCGGGAGAAUCUCUGGCUUAAUAGCCCAGUAGUGUCGCGGAGCCACGCCGAAUUGCUUCUUCGUUUUGAACCGGUAGGAAACCCCUCGGCACCGAAUCUUGAUGCUGUUCGUUCCACAUACUCGCGAUAUCACCACAUGCUAGAGAAAUUUGCCUUGUCCUCAUUUAAUUGCUCAUUGGAUCGGGAACGUUCUAUUGACAUCCAAUCUAGGAUCCACAAAUCUGUAUCGUGGACCUCCAAACGUCCAUGCAUGGAACCAAAGUGAACGGCUUAUUCCUAUCGAAGGGUCACGAAUGGAUCCUCGAAGAUGGUGACGAGGUUCAGUUUGGAAACGCUGUUACAACU